UUAAAACAGUCAAUUUAUACUAAUUAAAGAGGUUUUAUUCGUCUUUUACGUUUGGCAACCCUGUCACUAUGACAGUUGACGUUUCUGACCCUGUCACUCAUGUCACCUAACCUCAAAGCGAAAACAAAUACUUUUAACGGUUUUUUUAAUUAUUAUUAUUAUACAACUAUUGAAAAGCAAAGACACUUAAGGGGGCCCAUUUUACCGCCCCACAGCGAUGGCAAAAGACGACUUUCUCAGCUCAGAUGACGACCAAGAGCACAAACCCGUUGCCCGUAAAAGACCCACUAGGAAUACCAAACAAGUGGUUUAUCGAGCGGAACUAACUUCUGACAGUGAUAGUGAAGAAUCAAGGGAUCAAACGUUCAACGGUGAAGUCUCCUUAGUAAGUAGCGAUGAUGAGUACCAACCGGAGGUUAAAAAACCCCGAAGAAAGGCUGCCUUAACAAAACAAAAGGGAAAAAUUGCCAAAACGAAGGCACCCGAAGCCCCAGUAGACUUAUUAACAAGUGACGAGGAGCCUAUUGUCAAGCCCCAAACAGUCAAUAAGAAAAGAAAACUCACUGAUAUGGGGAACAUUUUCGUGAAAACCCCGCCUAAAAAGGCAAAAACCACCACAGCCCCGAAAAAACAAUCGAAACCACCAUCCCCGGGCCCCAGCAAGUCCUCUUUUAUCGAAUCCGAUGUCAGUCUGGACAUUUCCAUGCAGGACAUCCAACCUGCUUGGGACGAUGCCGAACUGUUAGCAGAAAAAAGCAUGAUAGACGAAGAGGUGGCGAGGAAUUUAAUUAAACUAUGGGAGGAAGGGAAUACCAUACCCUUUAUCGCAAGGUAUAGGAAGCAUGUGAUCGGGACAAUGGGCCCCGAGGAGCUGCGCACCACCAAAGAGACCUUCGACGAGAUUUGCACCCUAAAAAAGAAAAUGUGCACCGUCAUUAAGGCGGUGGCGCAAACGAAGAAGUUGGACAAUAAGUUGCAAAAGAACAUUUGUGCCGUGAGGACUUUGGAGGAGUUGGAGCAUAUCUAUGCCCCGUUCAAAGGGGACCCCAAGAGGUCUUUGGUGGAGAGAGCACGAAACGCUGGACUAGAAGAGCCCGCCUUGGCAGUCCUCAACAAUACAAACAGGAUUAAACUUGAAAAAUACGUCAAACCGGAAGUAAAGGAAGUCAAAACAACCGAGGAAGUGGAAAAGGGGAUCGUGUACAUUUUGGCCUCGGAAAUGUCCACUGAUCCAGAACUUUUGGCCCACCUAAGACACUUGAGGAAAUAUACCAAAAUCAGACUGCAAACCAAAAAGGCCCGACAAACCAAACCGGCCCCCCCCAAACAGGACCCCCAAAAGUUCGAACACUACUUCGAGUUCGAUCAACGAGUAGACUGGCUGAAGCCCCAUCAAGUGAUGGCGAUCAACCGGGGCGAAGCCCUGAAAGUCUUGUCGGUGAAACUGGACGUUCCCGACGAUUUUCAGCAGCGGUUUGUCACGUUUUGUCGCAAAAAAUGGGCCCCGAAAAGUGACCAGUCGGAACGUGACAAGUUGAUUAGUAUGGCAAUCGAACACGCUUACGUGAAAAUUGUUUCUCCGUUAAUCGAGCGUGAAAUCCGUGCCGAACUAAAACAAAAAGCGGAAAAAGAGUCUUGCAAGGUAUUCAGCGACAAUUUAAAGCACCUACUGCUCAUCCCCCCGAUGAAGGGCGAACCGAUACUGGGCAUAGACCCGGGAUACGCGAACGGGUGUAAACUGGCCCUUAUCUCCCACACGGGCUCCCUAUUGGCCCAGAACGUCGUUUACCCCCACCACAAAAGGGGCGGGGGACACCGCGGUGAACACGUGAUCAAAGAAAUGCUCCUUAAGCACCGGUGCAACUUAAUUUGUAUCGGAAACGGAACCGCGUGCAGACAAACGGAAGAAUGGAUCUCGGAACUGAUCAGGGAGGACUUUUUCCUCCCUUUGAGGGACGUGCAGUACACCAUAGUGAACGAAGAUGGCGCCUCCAUCUACAGUUGCAGUCCCGAGGCGAAGAAGGAGUUCGGCGCGUUGGAUCCUAACAUUAUAAGUGCCGUAUCAUUAGCGCGCCGUAUCCAAGACCCCAUGGCCGAACUGGUCAAGGUGGAACCCUGUCAUCUGGGCGUGGGCAUGUACCAACUGGACAUAAAAAAGAAGCAACUCGAGGAGGCCUUGGGCGAGGUGGUGAGCGAGUGCGUGAGUUUCGUGGGCGUGGACCUCAACACCGCCUCCCAAUGCCUACUGCGACGCGUCGCCGGUUUAUCGGACAAAAGAGCGUCGCAAAUAAUUGAGCAUCGAGAGCGUCACGGGCCGUUCACUCAUCGAGCGGAAUUACUCAAAGUUUAUGGGAUCGGGGAGAGGGUUUUUGAGCAGUGCGCGGGAUUUUUGAGGGUGGGACCCACGGACCCCGAAGAUGUUCACUUUUAUCAAAGGAAUAAGUCGACAACCCCCCUGGACGCUACUGUUAUACAUCCGGAGUCGUAUUCGGUUGUCAGGAGGCUUCUUGCCAAAAUGAAGCUUAAAGAGUCAGAAAUCGGCACCGAUCGCUUCAUAACGAACUUCAAACGUUCCCUAAGCGCACUAAAGCGGGACGAAUUAGUGGACGCCCUUAAGAGCGACCCCCAAACGAUCCAACUGAUCCUGGACGCCCUCGCCAAAGAACUGAACCACGACCUAAGGGCGGAAGUGAGCGGCACGCCCCUGUUCAAAAAGGGCGUCACCACGAUGGCGGACUUGUGCCCCGGCGACAUUUUGACGGGGCGCGUGAAAAACGUGACGUCGUUCGGGGCGUUUGUCGACUGCGGGGUGGAGAGGGACGGACUGAUCCACGUUAAGUUUAUGAACGGACUGAGUUUACAUUUGGGGGACGUCGUGGAGGUUAAAGUGGGGAAAGUGGAUUUGGGCAAGGGGCAUAUACAGUUGGAGGCUGUGAGGAAGAUUUAAAUAAAAAUUUCCUUUUUUUUUAAAUAAAAUAGUUUUUAUGCUUUAUUGCUGUAAUGAGUAAUAAACGGUUGCUUAAAUAA